GCACAGCGCGUGUACUGCGUGUAGCGUGUUGUUCGUCGGCGUGGUGGCUGUACUUGAAUGUGGCCGCGCCGUCCUUCGUGGGAAAGAUCUGUCAAGCGAGACGACCGCAGAUGAGAUAAAAAGGGUAGUAGUUAGAAUAAAAUAGAAGUUGAGAUGACGUGACAUGUAACUUCCUGUAAAAGAAGCGACGACGUCUCCGUGUUGAAUUAAUGUUACAAUUACUAAUCUGUUAGUUAAAUUAUACAUGCAAAUUUGUUUAUGAUUUUAUUAAAUUCAUCGAAUAUUUUUUCUUGGCAAUUGUAACAUAAUUUGAUAAAUCUUAAUAAUGUAAUUUAUCAUUUAAUCAUUUCUAUAUAAAAUUUAUUUAAAUUAUAGAAAUCUAUAAUUUCAAUUUUUUUUUUGUUUCGAACUGUACUCCAUCAAUUUAAUAUGGACCAAGUGGUGGUCCACUGGGACUGUAAAAAACAGUUUGAUGCAUGAGUUCAAAAGAUAAGUACAGGCCAAAUAAUAAUGGAACAUCUACAACUAACUUUCCAAGGUUGUACCAAAGGCAUUAAAAAUUUGGAGUGAAUAAUGUUAGAAUACAACACAAGCAUGGCCAUUUCCAUACUCAGUUAAACAUUUGUGAUUUUGCUUCAGUCCAAAUUUGGGAGACCACUUGCAUCCAUGUGAAGGUGAACACACACAGGCCAUUAUUGUUUGGUUCACCCUCGGGCUUAUUUGAACUUCUCAGUGUGCAAUAGCAAUGUACUGCAAUCGGAACGCACAGCAGGAAGCGGGCAAGUGGCCACUGUGUGGUGGUACUUGGUGCCUUUGAGAUUGCUGAGAGAUGGAAGGAGAAGGCCUGCCUGCCAGCCAGCCCACUUCCUGUGUGCCAGCUUUUUCCCAUGGGAACUCCUGUGCGUUAUAACUCCCUGUCUGCAAGGUACAAGGCCAGACCAGUUCCUCAGAGUUCCCACCCACACUCCGGUGCCUCUCCCUCCCACCCACCUUAUCCCCUUCUUCCCCCCUUCCCCAGGGCCUCAAACCAGGGUAUGAAUGACCCCUGCGUGUCAGCUGAUUCCUUCCCCCCUCUCCCCCUUCGGGCAUGUAACUCUAUCCUGCCACGUGACACCCCACUGGCUGUUGUGCAAUCUGAGCUCUCCAUGCUUUCGUGCUCCUGUCCUCGCCUGUGUCUGGCAGUGGGUGUGGUUCACAAGGACCCAGGUUCAGUUCUUGACUGUAUAUUUUAACUUUAAAAGUAAUGCAUGUGGUCAUCGUUCUUAAAAUGAAUGAAUGGGCCUAACGUCUUGUCUUCAACGAGGUCAUUAGUGACAAUGAUAGUUUAUGACAUGAGAAUGAAGCAGGGACAGAAAUUGGUAGUGGAAACUGGAGUAGCCUGAGAAAACUAAUUGGUUCAUGGCAACAUCUGCCACAUUUCUCACUUGCGAAAAAAACCUGCUUCAACCUUGGGAAUCAAACGGGAAUGGAUGUGGUGGGAGGCAAGUGUUCUGAUGGCUCAAUAACCAUGGCAUCUUUGUUUAAAAAAAAAAAGUACAACUUAUUUUAUUAUGUAGCAUAAAUCAUCAAAAUAAAACCAAUCUGUUAAAUGAAAGUUAAAAUGUGUAUUUGAAUAUAUUAAUAUGAGUAGUGAAAUAAUAUGACUAUAGUUACUUAUUUUAGUGUAACCUAAUAUAUUUUAUGCAGUUUUAUCUCAAAGGCUUUCCCAAGUGUCACAAUUUUGUAUUGUUUCUCUGUGGCAACAAUAUGUAUAUGGAGGAAUACCAUAUUACACAAAUUAGACUGGCUCUGCAUUUAGGAAGCAACCAUUUCAGAUAAAUUAAAAUGACAUAAAAAAAGAUAUGAUUUCUAUUAAUAACAAAUAAUUAUAUCUAUGUUGAAAUUAAGCAUCUGUCCAACUAUAAAGCUGUUUCCUAACAUUGCAUGUAAAAUACCUGAGAAUCAUUUUUUUUAUUAUUAUUCAACACCUACAUUACUUUUAAUUAUUCAACAUUAUUCAGAAAAACAAAUCAUGGAAUUUUUUUGUACUGUGCGAUAAUAUAUUGUAAUGAUUGUAUUAUUAACUAAGAAGUUUUUAUGUUUUAAGUAUUUUUGUGCAUGUGAUAUAACAGUAUGUAUUAAUUUAAUUUUACAGCCUUUUUAUAGGUCUAACAGAUGACUGAAUUGAAAGUCGUGGCUCAGUAAUGGGUGUUCAUGGGCUGUGGAAACUUAUCGAACCAUCUGGGAAAAUUGUCCCAUUGGAUACACUUGAAAAUAAAGUUCUUGCUGUGGAUGUGUCGAUAUGGCUGCACCAGGCCCUGAAAGGUUUCCAGGAUGCCCGUGGCAACGCUGUCCCCAACGCCCACCUGCUGGGGCUGUUCCACAGGAUCUGCAAGCUUCUCUUCUACAGGAUCAAGCCGGUGUUCGUGUUUGACGGUGGCGUCCCCCACCUCAAGAGGCAAACUGUGGCGGCCAGGCGCCAGCAGAAGAGCAGGGCAGAGCAGAGGUCGGAGCAGGCGCGGGAGAAGCUGCUCAGGAACAUCGUCAAGCACAAGGCGCUGAGGAAGGUGCUCGGGCUGGGCCAGGCGGCGGGGGACGUUGGGACGGAACCCUCCCGCUCGCAGCAGGCGGACGACAUGUUCCUCCUGCCGCCCACGGUUCCGUGUGGCCCCGACCAAGACCCUGGAGGUGAACAACAUGAUGAAGAGGAAGAUGAGGAAGAUGAUGCCUUGGAAGAAGUUGUGCACGAGCAACACUACAAAGAUCUCCAUUCCAUUAACGUAAAUAGUGAAGAUUUCAAGGCCUUGCCCGCCAAUGUACGCCACGAUAUCCUCUCAGAAUUGAAAGAAACCAGGAAGCAAAGUUCUUGGGGUAGACUUCAUGAAAUUCCCAAGGAGUCCGGAGAGUUCUCGAGCUACCAGAUGGCCAGGCUGCUGAAGAGGCGGUCGGUGCAGGUGUCUCUGGAGGAGGCAGAGAAGGAGAUGGGUGGUCGCACCCUCAGCCUCGGAGAGCUGGAGGAGCUGUUGUCCGACCAAGGCGUCGUCCUGGCCUCUGACCUGGGCAGGCGGAUUGCGUCCGACAACGUCACCAGAUACCUCUACGUCAAAGAGUCGAAGGAAGGAGAGUCUAAAAGGAGUAGCCAGGCUGACAGUAGCAGUGAACUCAGUGAGCUUGGCUCGUCGCCUGAGAAACCCGGGACAAGCAAAAGCGAGGCACCUCUUCAGGUCGGAGAGACAAAUCCUACUGUUACGAAGGAUAUUGGUUCCUUCGAUGCAGGGAGUGUAGUAUCACAGAGUGAAGUUAUCUCAAGUGAUGAUAAUGAAAAUGAAAAUGUGGAUGCUGCAAGGAGCCACCCACUUCUUCAGGUGGCGAGGGACUUUAUGUUGGAGAACAGCAGCCUGACACAACAGCAAAUCUUGAGCAUCAUAAAACAUCAGAAUAGUCCUAAAAAAUCAGGGGACGCUUCACCUGAAGUUUCCCCUACUGUUUCAAAAACAAACAAUGUUGUCGAUGAAAAUAAAGUUGACUCUGAGAAUUUGGGUGUCACCCAGAAGGAAAUACUAGCUAUGAUUCAAGCUGAGCUAGUGAGGUGCAAAGAACUUUUAGAGGCUGAAUCGAAAGGACAGUUGGAAGAAGGUACCUCUGCCAAUGGUGAAGCUGGAAUAGUGGGCAUCAUUGAAACAGACAAACUCCCUGGUCUCCCGGCUGUCGCAGAUUCUUCUACUAAAGUCGGUCCCGCUCAAGAACUACACAUUGUCACGACUGAUGUGUGUUUAUCGCCAGAUAAAGAGAGUCCACUGCAUGAUGUAGCGGGAGGAAAAGACUCUUUGGAAAGUGAUGAGGAUGAAAUGGCAUCCAAUUUUGCUGUACCUCCUGAAGGUGUGAGGGUCACAUCAGAUGAUGAUUCUGAUGGCGAAUUCAUCGAAGUGAUGGAGCAACAGGUGAAUAAUGUUAGUGAAAGUCAAGAAGCAUUGCCUAAACAGACAAAUCCUACUGAUGCAGUAUUAACUGAAGCUGAAGUGACCAUGGAUGAUGAUAUUUUUGCUGAUGUGUUUUCAACUGCAGAUACAAAAGAACUAGAUGAAAUAGUAGGAAAACUGAACAAGUCAUCUCGGGUAGCCUCUAAAAAUCUUGACAUAGGAGGUAGUGUGGCACAAGAAAUAAUUUCAUCAAGUGUAACCUCACAGAAAAAAGUUCUUGAAGCACAUUUAAAAAGCAAUUUAACUGAAAUUUUUUUGGAAUCAGCUGACAUGUCUUUGAAAGAAGAUACUCAAGAUGAACAAAGCAAACAUGAGGUUAGUACAGAAGAAGAAAAUAAAAAUACUUCUAGAUUAGAAAAUGAAAAUCCAAGCAAUGGUGUUGUUCCUGCAAGUAAGCCUGAAGAAAAACUCAGUUUAGAAGAGCUUCGCCUGAUUCAGGUGAACUUGGAAGAGGAACAGACAACGUUGGUGGCUGAAAGAGGCAAACAGGAUCGUAUAGCGGCUUCGAUAACCGAUCAAAUGUACCUGGAAGCACAGGAGCUGCUACAACUGUUUGGUGUACCGUAUAUAGUUGCUCCUAUGGAGGCGGAAGCCCAGUGUGCUUUCCUGGACUUGAUGUCACUGACCGAUGGUACAAUCACAGAUGACAGUGAUAUAUGGCUUUUUGGAGGCCAGAGAGUCUACAAAAAUUUCUUCAAUCACAAGAAGCAAGUUUUACAAUUUCAAGCUACUGACAUCCAUCAUUACUUUAAGCUGAGCCGCCAGCAGCUGAUCCUGCUGGCGCUGCUUGUGGGCAGCGACUACACGGUCGGCCUGCCGGGCGUGGGGCCCGUCACGGCACUGGAGAUCCUGGGCCUGUUCCCCUGCAAGCGGCUGGACCAGGACGCCCAGGGCCUGCUUCAGGGCUUGCACACGUUCAGGGACUGGCUGAAGUCGGGCGUCGGGAUGGGGCCGAGCAAGGCUGCGCUCCGCUCCAAGCUCAGGAACAUCCUCGUUCACGAAGGUGGACGAAUCCAAAGAAGCUUUCUCGUGGGGCACGCCAGACCUGCUUUCUCUUCAGAACUAUGCGAGGAAGAAGUUCUCCUGGACGAGCAAAAAAACUGAUGAAAUAUUACUGCCAGUUUUGAAAAAGCUAAGUGAAUC